AUGUCUGAUGCUGUGGGUAUGCAGGCUGAUAUAGGGAGUCUCUCCCUUGCUAGCCUGGGUCCUUUCUCGACUAUCUUAACAGCGCUCUCAGCUGAUGAUGUUCAGCCUAUGGCAUUACUCCAGUUGCAGGAUUUAGGUGCCGCAUUUCCUGUCAGUGGGCCAGUGACAGUCAAAAUACCAGAACAUCUCCAGCGCUUUCACAGCACCCGGGUUGAACGUCUCGGAAUUAUUGUGGGCUGGCGCAAAGGUGAUUCUACAUCACUUCUCGCUCAGUCAAUUGGUGGCCAGGCGAUUGCUUUGUUGGCUGUGUGUCUAUGUAACAUACAGAGACAAUCAGUGGGUCAUGUCUUUCACGCAAUUUCAAAAGCCUUGCUACCUCGGUCGGUCUGUCUUAGCAGCCCCUCGAUAUUACAACGAGCCGUGGAAGUCCUUGCAGAUAAACUAGCGCUGAUUGGAUUUGGAACUAUCAUCGCAAACCAAGUUUGUCGCAUCCAUGAAGCUUAUACGACGCUUCAGCAAAAAGUACCUAUUAACCUUCUGGAAGAACUGAAUGAAGGUUGGGUGGCAGAGAUGCUCGUGAACAUCUCCUAUGCCUUGCGGGAGGAUGAAGGGAUUAUGCAGAUCCGUGGAUGUUGUGGCAUGGGAUACAUUUUAGCCCUGGUGAUCACUUUGUUUGCAGAUGAUUGUACGGUGACCAUUGAAGGACUUAUCAUUCAUCAAGGCAAGAACUCAGCGUCUAUCAUUGUGGACAUUGUCGCCUUCAUGGAAGAACAACCUGUCCAGAUUCAUCGAAUGCACAAAAUAGAUUGUGUUGCUGAAAUAUUCCAUACUUCUCGUGCUUCGGAAAGUGGAAGCCGUUGGGGAAUUGGGAAUGGGGGAAAUCCGCUAUCCCCUGUUGGUGCAGACUUCCAGUGGAAUGGACUCAUCUCAGCUCUCCUACAUACUAUUUUCCAAAAAUGGAACUUGGUAUGCCCCGUUGAUGUGGUUGAAGCGGUAGGCAUAUGUGCUUUAUCCGCAGGAGACGUUACUUGUGUUUUCGCUGGUGAUGGCUUAAAGGAAAAUCACUUCUCUAUCACGAGGCUCUUGGGUGAAAACCACCGUUCGAUCAUGCAUAAGCGCUGCGAAUAUGUUAUAGGGAUCCAAUUGCCCUAUACAUGGCCGAUAUAUUCUGAAGCAUUUGAAAUGCUCCAUAAGGCGAUAGUGCGACUGAUCCAAAACGCACCUAAGAGCUCAUCCCAUCGUCUAGUCUGGCCCCCGAACGCCGCUAAGGAAGACAAUACUUUUGGUAGCCAAGUAGUGGAUGUUAUAUGGUUCACAUUCAUUGCGCUUUUUAUAAAUCCGCACGAGAAUGCCACUUGGAGGCCUGAGUGCUUUGCCAGCAGAUGUGUUCCCAAAUGGCCGGACACGGAAGUCGAGGAUGACUUCACUUGGGGGAUGCAAACGGAUUCGGAUUAUCCGUGGAUGUUCUACGAGUUUGACUGGUUAAACUUUUUUUGCGACUGGCAUCAUGACACAAUCGCAUCCUCGGAUCGAAAGGUCACGCUAGUCCCAUCGCCAUGCCUAACCCUGGGCUAUGAGAACCUUUGUUACUAUCGUGGGAUGGAGCUUCUAGAUGGGCCGCUCAUAUAUAACAGCCGAUAUCAUAAAACGGUUGAGAGUGUGAGAUCUUCGGUGGAACCGCAAGACAAUCGCCUCCUUCAGCCUCCAAAAUCGUUGAAUCCUAUACUGCCCACCGCAGAAGGUGCUCACUCUGAUCUGUUAUUUACAAUCUCAGAAACUUGGUACGGGCUGGCUCUCAAUACAACAGUCACCCUUUUCGGUCGACGAGUUAACAUAAAUUUUGCAAAUUGCUUGAGUGGCUUACUUAGUCUUAUUCAAACCGAACCGUGUGAGCAUCCCAGGAAGACCCCUUUAAAGAAGGAGUACUCUCGUCUCGUGAUGACGACCUCAGUUCUUGCUCCUGAGAGUCAGGUUGAAAGUGAUCCUAUCAUAUCCAUUGUCCAGACUGCUGGGAAUCCUACUGCGCAGCUCCUCUCAUUAUCCCGCACACCAUCCCGCAAGUGGCAAAUCCUCUGCUACCACUGCUGCCUCAACUGUGCAUACGAGCAAGCCCUUUUCAACGAGAUAACGAAGAUUAUUGUUGCUUGA